GGUUGAAUAUAGAAAAAUAGAGGCGGGAUUUGUGCAGAAUGCAGAUCGAAUGGUAACCAACGUCGAAGUGGUUGUUGGAUUAUUCGCGGCCUGACGGAUUGUUUUAUGUUAAGGACAAGGAAACGUAACUUUACAAAGAUGAAAGCUCUGGUCUAGAGCUCCAUUGUGAAGAAAGAACACAAACGGAAAACCAGGAAGCUAGAAAUAUUUCUGUGUGGCCAUGGCCUACUCGAACUACAGCAACCUGAGCAGGGCUCAGCUCACCUUUGAGUAUCUGCACACAAACUCGACGACCCACGAGUUCUUGUUUGGAGCCUUAGCCGAGCUUGUGGACAAUUCAAGAGAUGCAAAUGCCACACGAAUAGACAUCUACACAGACAAAAGGCCCGAGCUGCGGGGCGGCUACAUGCUGUGUUUUCUGGAUGACGGUGUUGGAAUGGACCCUUAUGAGUCAACUCACGUGAUCCAGUUUGGGAAGUCAAGCAAAAGGUCCCAUGAGUCCACUCAGAUUGGCCAGUAUGGAAACGGACUGAAAUCCGGCUCUAUGAGGAUCGGGAAAGACUUCAUCUUGUUCACGAAAAAGGGCAAUAAGCUCACUUGCCUUUUCAUGUCGAGGACUUUUCACGAAGAGGAGGGACUGGACGAGGUGAUCGUGCCUCUUCCCUCCUGGGAUCUGAAAACCAAGGAACCGCUGACCUCUGACCCCGAGAAGUACGCCAUAGAGACGGAGCUGAUCUACAAAUACUCACCUUUUAAAAGUGAACAGCAGCUGAUGGAGCAGUUCAACAAAAUAGAAAGUAGCAGUGGCACUCUUGUGAUCGUCUAUAAUCUGAAGCUGGACCACAGAGAGCCAGAGCUGGAUGUAGAGACGGAUCACCAGGACAUACUGAUGGCUGGGACUCCUGUUGAAGGAGUGAAGCCGGAGAGGAGGUCCUUCAGGGCGUACGCUGCUGUUUUGUACAUUGACCCACGCAUGAGGAUUUAUAUCCAGGGACAUAAAGUCAGGACUAAGAGACUGUCCUGCUGUUUGUAUAAACCGAGGGUUUAUAAAUACACAUCGACUCGUUUCAAAACUCGUGCCGAGCAAGAAGUGAAGAAAGCGGAUCACCUGGCUAAGAUUUCGGAGGAGAAAGCCAGAGAGGCGGAGAGUAAGCAGAUGGCUUUGGAGACCAGACUAGGAGACGACCUGUCAAAAGAUUCACGGGCAAUCCUUCGAAAGGUUCAAGAUUCAGCCAUGAUGCUUCGACGGGACUGUGACAUGAAGAAAAGGAUUCUCGAAGCCAAACAGAAAGCGCUAAAGGAGCCCAAGGAGUUGAACUUUAUAUUCGGAGUGAACAUUGGUCAGAGAGACCUGGAUGGGAUGUUUGUGUACAACUGCUCUCGUCUCAUCAAGAUGUACGAGAAGACAGGGCCUCAGCUGGAGGGAGGCAUGGCCUGUGGAGGUGUGGUUGGAGUAGUGGAUGUCCCGUAUUUAAUUCUAGAGCCUACUCACAACAAACAGGACUUUGCAGAUGCCAAAGAGUAUCGACAUUUACUGAAAUCCAUGGGGGAACAUUUAGCUCAGUACUGGAAGGACACUAACAUUGCUCAGAAAGGCAUAGUGAAGUUCUGGGAUGAGUUCGGAUAUCUGUCGGCCAGCUGGUCCGCACCCCCGUCAUCAGAGCCGAGAUACAAGAGGCGUCGGGCCAUGGAGAUACCGCUUACUAUCCAGUGUGAUAAAUGUUUAAAGUGGAGAACGCUGCCAUUCCAGAUGGAUGCUGUGGACAAACGCUACCCAGACAGCUGGGUGUGUCUCAUGAACCCCGACAGCAACCAGGACAGGUGCGAUGCUUCUGAACAGAAACAUAAUUUGCCAUGUGGUGUUCUGAAGAAAGACAAGCUGACGGGUGAAGUCAAGCAAAAAGAGCUGGCAGAGAAAAUCAAACUGCAGCAGGAGAAACUCGAGGCCUUGCAGAAAACCAGCACCAUCAAAUCUGCAGCGGAUAUAAAGAAGCUGCCUCUGGAUGCCAGCAUGAAACCCUCCGAGGGUUCCUCUCAGGCAACCAGGUCUUCUGAGAGGUCCAUAACGCGGGCCCGCUCCCCCCCGCUUCCAGCUCAUCUAAAGGGCGGCCCCCCAUCUCGUGCCUCUCCUCAGCGCCCCACCCGAUCACCUGCUCCGCCACCACCAAUUAAAGUCGAACCAUCCAGGUCCAGAGCUGCAGCAAAACCUCCUCCACCUGCAGCCAAGCCUGUACCCAAAGCUACUGCCAAAACCCCCCCGCCCACCCGCAGCUCCCGGACACCAGCCAAAGCAUCACCAGCCAAAGCAUCACCAGCCAAAGCAACAUCUGCUGUACAACGCAAGAGAGUCAUAACGGUGGUCGACAGUGAGGAUGAGGAGGAAGAGGAGGAAGAAGAAGAAGAGGAGGAGAAGGAUGAGGAUGAUGACAGUGAGGUGGAGAGUGAAGAAGAACCGCGGACAAAGAAAUUCAAGAUGGCAGCAGCAGCAGCAGCAGCUGCAGCAGCAGCUGGUAACCGUGGGAAAGUGAUAGAGAAGUCCUUGCCUCCCAAACGUGGCAAGUUGGACGAGGACUCGGAGAAGCCCCUACAGGAGGAAACGGGGGACAACACGAAAAAUGCUCAGAAAGAUAAAGGGCUGCUGGUUGAAGUACGUGUCAAUAAGGAGUGGUACACCAGCAAAGUCAUUGCUGUGGAGGUGAACAAACAGAGCGUUCGCUGGAAAGUAAAGUUUGACUAUGUACCUAGAAACACUCCUAAAGACAGAUGGGUGUUCAAGGGAAGUGAUGAUGUCCGGUUGAUGCGGCCGCCAUCUCCAAUCUCUCAGACCCCUGACACCCAGCAGGAGGCAGAGAAGGGGCCGGCCCCCAUGGAGCCCGACACCACCCAGCCAGGCACCAGCCGGGAGGUGACCGAUAGUCUGGUUACCAUGCUGAGGACCAUGCUGCGUUACUUCUUCCCUCCUGCUUUUCGGAUCCCAAAGGACGACGUUAACAGCAUAUCGGCUGAGGAGUUGGUGGCCUUUCCUUUGAAAGAGUAUUUCCAGCAGUAUGAAUCAGGUCUGCAGUCUUUGUGCAACUCGUACCAGAGCAGAGCUGACACCAGAGCCAAAGCUGUUGAAGAGAAGAGCAACAGCAAUGAGGUGAAACUGAAGGAGGCGGACGAGAAACUACAGAAACUACGAACAAACAUUGUAGCACUCCUGCAAAAAGUUCAAGAGGACAUUGAUAUAAACACAGACGACGAGCUGGACGCCUACAUAGAGGACCUUCUGACCAAGGGGGAUUAAAGAAGACUGAGAGAGAAGAGUCCAUGCACAUAAACAGGCAGUUUUCAUUACAGCCAUUACCUGCUGACGGCUCUUUAAUGACUCGUGCUUAUCUGCAGAGUUGGGUGUCACGAGUUUGAUCUUUGAGUUUGGGCAGGUUCUCUGGUGUUUCUACAGUGUUCGGUAUCCUGUGGUUUUUAUCUCAAGUCCUUUUUUAUAUCCCUGCUUGUAUCUGUUAAUCUA